CCGCGCACCCGGGACUCCAGGGCCUCGCGCGUUGGCCCUUUAGCACCCUCUCUUUCCCUUGCUUUCACCUGCGGCGGCAGCAUGGCGCCCGGGCCGCGCACCCUGGAGUUCUUCUACGAUGUGAUAUCCCCCUACUCCUGGCUGGGCUUCGAGGUCCUGUGCAGAUACCAGAAACUCUGGAACAUCCAGCUGAAGUUGCAGCCCACCCUCCUUGGGGGCGUCAUGCGGGAAAGCGGAAACGAGCCGCCGGGGAGGCUGCCCGCCAAGGCCCGGUACAUAAAAAGUGACAUUACUCUCCUGAAAGAGUAUUUCCAGGUGCCCAUGAAUUUCCCCAAGAAUUUCUUCCAGGAGGUCGUUCCCAAAGGAACUCUGUCCGCCAUGCGAUUCCUCACCGCGGUCAGCAUGGAGCAGCCACAGAUGGUGGAGAAGGUGACCAGGGAGCUGUGGAUGCGCAUCUGGUCCCGGGACGAAGACGUCGCAACGCCCCAGAGUAUCCUAGAGGCUGCAGAGAAAGCGGGCUUGUCUGCAGAGCAAGCCCAAAACUUCCUGAAGAAGAUAUCCACAGCAGAGGUGAAGAACAAGCUCAAGGAGAACACCGAGGCAGCCUGCAAAUACGGGGCCUUUGGGCUCCCUACCACAGUGGUCCAUUUGGAUGGCAAAACCCACAUGUUAUUUGGCUCUGACCGCAUGGACUUGCUAGCGUACUUGCUGGGAGAGAAGUGGAUGGGCCCGGUGCCUCCAGCCCUGAGUGCCAAACUCUGAGACUGCUCAGAAGAAGCAAAGUUCUGGUACAAACCAGCAGGACAUAGGCUUUGCCCCCGCCCUCCCCCUUGGUGUACUGGGAUUUGGGUUUCUCUUUUUUGGUCCCAGGCGGUCUCUUUCGCCUACCCCCACAAAUUGCCCACCAUUUAGCCAUGGCUACCUUUACUUCUGCACCUUACCAAGUGCCUUUUGGAGAAUUCCAAGUUCUGCUUUCCCACAAAAUAAAGCUAAUGCCAAUAGGCAAAA